AAGCUAUUAGAAUAAUAACUUUUCCUCUGGUCACAUGGCUAUAUAUAUGAGUACCGUUGUGAAGCACAACAUAUCACAUUCUCAAGUCCAAAGCAUAUUAUUAUAAGUUUCACUACUUUAGGCAGCUAAAAUAAUGGCUCAAGAAAUCGCUAAGAGGCAAGAGAUCGUUAAGUACGGACCUUAUGGUUCUAAGUUAUGUGAAAACUUUUCCUUGAAACUUGAAGGAUGCGAACGUAUCAAAGAAGUCAUAAUAAGGCAUGGGUUUAUUGUUGAUGCUAUUGGGUUCGUGAUUGAGAAGCCAUGUGGUGGUUCCUUUACUAAAAUGUUUGGUGGUAAUCUUGGAAGAGAAUCUAGGAUUCAACUCAAAUGUGGUGAAUUCAUAACACAAAUUAGCGGAACAUAUGGAAACUACAAAAAUCAACACAAUGAAUGCCUUAUUGCUACAUUGAAGAUACACACCAAUUUGAAUCCAUGUGGAUAUGGUCCAUAUGGAGAAGGUAGAGAUGUUUCCAAUGUUUGCAACUUUGCUUCACCAUGCCCACCUGAAGGCCCUGUUGUUGGAUUCUUUGGAAGGCACAACAACUACCUUGAAUCUCUUGGAAUGUUUGUCAAAAAGGAAUGUGGAUGCCCUAAUUAAAACGGCCUCAAGCAUGGAACAAACAAGUUCCAUCCAAGAUGCCCUAGAUGCCUAAUUUUCUAUUUUCAAUAAGCCAUAUUGUAUCCCAUGAAUGGCCUCUCGAGUGUGAUAUGCUAUCAUAACUUGAGUGAAUGUUUGUGUUGUUUUUUUUUUUUCUUUGUAUUGUACUAUUUUAAUAUAAGUUUUUUUUAUUUUCUA